AGGACGUGCCUGUGUCAGAGUUGAACACCGUUAUCUUCUCCUCCUCCGUGUCUGUAACUUUACUGCAAGUGUCUGUAGUAAUAAUUAAAGGAACCACGCCUGCUGCUCUUUAAUUUCUCUGAAUUUCACUACUUUUUUUUAUUCCUUCCCUGGAGUUGCGUCCAAAGCUGCUCGUCUAGAAAACGUCAUAAAUUUUGGGGGAUUUUUCUCGCUCUUGAUUAUUAUUUUAUCGCGAGAACGAACCUAAAGACCCUCCGGGGCUGCCCAUUGCUUUCUGGCUGGGAGGUAUUAGUCCAGUCGGUCACCCGCUGUCUGUCCGGGAAUACGCACUGAAACAGCAAUGGAGUACCUCAAGUUGUGUUUUGUGUUUUUAUACUGGAUGAAGUUUGCUUCUCCUCUCUCCUAUACUGAUACACCUCAGACUCCUGCGCCUAUUCCCAAAGACAAGUUGCUUGUCCUAACUGUUGCGACCGAGGAAACAGAUGGCUUCCUCCGCUUUAUGAAGUCUGCAAGCUAUUUCAACUACACUGUGAAGGUGCUGGGAAUGGGAGAGGCCUGGAAGGGCGGUGACGUGGGUCGCUCCAUUGGUGGAGGGCAAAAAGUCAGACUACUGAAGGAGGCCAUGGAGGCUCUGGCUGACCAGGAGGAUCUUGUCAUCCUUUCUGUUGAUAGCUAUGAUCUUAUCUUUGCUGGGGGACCAGAGGAGAUUCUCAGGAAGUUCCAGCAGGCCAAUCACAAAGUGCUGUUUGCUGCAGAGGGGUUGAUAUGGCCAGAUAAGAGACUGGCUGACAAGUAUCCCUCGAUCCGCAGUGGCAAGCGCUACCUCAACUCUGGAGGUAUCAUCGGCUACGCCCCAUACAUAAACCGAAUAGUUUCUGAGUGGAAUCUCCAUGACAAUGAUGACGACCAGCUCUUCUACACAAAAAUAUACUUGGAUCCUUUAAAGCGAGAAUCCCUCAAUAUGACUUUGGACCACAGAUGCCAGAUUUUCCAGAACCUGAACGGAGCUGUUGAUGAAGUGCUCCUCAAGUUUGGAACAGACCGAGUCAGAGUGAGAAACACCGUGUAUGACUCUCUGCCAGUGGUUGUCCAUGGCAACGGCAACACCAAAAUGUACUUGAACCACUUAGGCAACUAUGUCCCCAAUACAUGGAACUACGAGCACGGAUGUAGCCACUGUGAUGAUGACAUUGUGGAUUUGUCUCAGCUCAAUGAGUAUCCAAACGUGCUGGUUGGAGUGUUCAUCGAGCAGCCCACUCCAUUUCUGCCUGAAUUCUUCCAGCGGCUGCUGACCCUGGACUAUCCCAAGGAUAAACUCAGCCUUUUUAUUCACAACAAUGAGGUUUACCACGAGAAGCACAUCCAGAGUUUCUGGGAUGAGAACAGGAACACGUUCAAAAGCUUCAAGGUUGUUGGACCAGAAGAAAAUCUGAGUCAAGGAGAGGCCAGGAACAUGGGCAUGCAUCAUUGCCGUAAGGAUGCCACAUGCGACUUCUACUUCAGCAUCGAUUCUGAUGUGAUGCUCACCAACAGACAGACUCUGAAGCUCCUCAUCGAGCAGAACAGAAAAAUAAUUGGCCCCCUUGUCACUCGGCACGGCAAGCUGUGGUCCAACUUCUGGGGAGCCUUGAGUCUGGAUGGUUAUUACGCUCGCUCAGAGGAUUAUGUCGACAUUGUGCAGAGGAAACGUGUGGGUGUGUGGAACAUUCCGUACAUGGCACAUGUAUACCUUGUCAAGGGCAGUACCUUGAGGAAUGAACUGAAAGAGAGGAACUACUUUGUUCUGGAGAAACUAGACCCUGAUAUGGCUUUGUGUAGAAAUGCCAGAGAAAUGACCAGUCACAGAGAAAAAGACUCCCCUUCUCCGGAAUCAUUCCAUAUGCUCAGGUCCCCAAAGGGUGUCUUCAUGUACAUUACAAACCGUCACGACUUUGGGAGGCUCAUUUCCACAGCCAAUUAUAACAUUUCUCAUUAUAACAAUGACUUGUGGCAGAUAUUUGAAAACCCAGUGGACUGGAAGGAGAAGUACAUCCACAAAAAUUACACUCAGAUUUUCACUGAGAACUACUUGGAGGAGCCCUGUCCAGAUGUGUUCUGGUUCCCUGUAUUCUCAGAGAAAGCCUGUGAUGAACUCGUGGAGGAGAUGGAGCACUACGGCUCCUGGUCUGGAGGAAAACAUGAGGACAAGAGGAUUGCUGGUGGUUACGAGACAGUGCCAACAGAUGACAUUCACAUGAAACAGAUCGGCUUUGAUAAAGAAUGGCUGCACUUUAUCAGGGAGUUCAUAUCGCCUGUCACACUGAAAGUUUUCUCUGGAUACUACACAAAGGGUUACGCUGUAAUGAACUUUGUUGUCAAAUACACACCUGAGAGGCAGGCGUACCUGAGGCCCCAUCACGACUCGUCCACCUUCACCAUCAACAUCGCCCUCAAUAACAAAGACACAGACUUUCAGGGUGGAGGUUGCCGUUUCCACAGGUAUAACUGUUCCAUAAGUUCACCAAGGAAAGGCUGGAGCUUUAUGCAUCCAGGAAGACUGACUCAUCUCCACGAAGGCCUGCCCACCACCAACGGCACCCGCUACAUUGCAGUCUCCUUCAUCGACCCUUAAACUGUCUGAUUAUUCCCUCUGUGUUUAGUCCUCUGACUUUGCUUUGCCUUUUUCCUUGCCAUGUUUGUUUUGAUGUAUUGUGCCUGUAGAUGUUUUGCUGAUGCAAUUGUCUUUCAGGGCCAAAGCUUUAAGACUGAUUGCAUUAAAAGAAUCUCUGUCAAACAGAGUGUAGAGUAGAAGGGAAGUGACAAAUUACUAUGCACAGAUAAGCAGGGUUCACAGUUUUGGCUUAGUCUCAUUUCUAUGGUUACGCUUUACUUUUAGAUUCAAAACCAGCACCUGGUACUGUAGCUUUUCACAUUUUUAUGGACUGAUUUUUACACUGUAAUGGUAGCCAGUUUAGAAACACACUGGUAGCUUUGCUAGCAGUUAGCAAAGCCUUUGUGUUUGAGUUGGCGCUUCAGGUUAAAUUCACUGAUCACAUUUACUCUGUACAAACCAUUAUUGCUUCAAAAGUGACUACUGGUGCUUUAAACCAUCCAUCUGCAUUAUACAGAUUCAGGUUUGUAUUUGGUGAAGUUUAAAGGUUGUUAUUUUUACCCUUUGCUAUUUAAAGUUGGAUUUGUGACCAAUGGAAAAGAAUAUUUCUGGAUAUUUGCACACAAAGGAAAAAAGACAGCAGAAUUCAAUAUGAGUUCUGUUUGAAUGAAGUUCAAUAUUUUGCUUUACUUGAAAGGAGUUUCUGUUUCUGUCUUCAAAAUCAGUUCAUUUUGCUUUCCUGAAAAAACAUUCUGCAAUAUUUGUUUUCUGAGAAAUGUGUGAAUGGAUUUUUUGUAAACUCGGAGAAGGUGUUUAACUUAUUGACAAAACGUAAUAAAAGUCUUUGUAAAAAUCA